UAUGCCGCGGUCGUUCCUCGUCAGGAGUAAAAGGACUCACCUGCUCCACCCACCUAAAGACCCCUACCGACAACACUCCCAGCCCCGGAUAGAGGUCCACCAGUCUGUGCAGCAUGCGACGGGACAGGGCAGGAGGUGUCCUGAGGAUGCUGUGAGGCCUUUGUCCCCCAUGUUAGGAGUUAAAGACUUGCUGUUUGAGGCCUGCUCACCCUCCAAGGGGAUGGCAGUCCGCUCUCACAGGGCCCCCACAGAUGAACCUUGGCCUUCAGCCCCUGUGGACAACGGAGACGUCCCGCUGUCGGUCUCGCCUUGGACGGCGGACAGACGCCAGGCAUCGGAACGAGAGAGACAAUUGGAGGGACUGGUCUACAUGUUACUCAACCAAUCGUCACACACUGACCUCAAAUUUCCCGUCAGCGAGUGUCCGCUCUGUGAAAGGUCUCUUUCAGAAGUCUUGAUAUCAGGAGGCGGCCAUCAGGCUCAUCUCAACAGCCUCUCUGUCCCAUUGACAAGAUCACCCAGUGCCACCGACAUGCCCCUUAUGCCUUUCGGCUUCAGAGCAAUUGGCAGCUACGAUAGAGCUAAGGAGCGUAGCUUCGACUGCAAGGUGUGUGGGAAGGCGUUCAAGCGCUCGUCCACCCUGUCCACACACCUCCUCAUCCACUCAGACACGCGGCCCUACCCCUGCCAGUACUGCGGCAAGAGGUUCCACCAGAAGUCGGACAUGAAGAAGCACACCUUCAUACACACGGGUGAGAAACCACACGUGUGCAAAGUGUGCGGUAAAGGAUUCAGCCAGAGUUCCAACCUCAUCACCCACAGCCGAAAGCACAGCAGCUACCGGCCCUUCAGGUGCCCCAGCUGUCAGCACAGCUUCCAGCGCAGGGUGGACCUACAGCGCCACCGAGAGACGCACUGUGGCUAUGCAGACACGUACACUCAAAACUGAGACC